AUGACGGGCGCUAACAAAUCAAAGAUACCCAGCAUACGGCCGGCCUCGUUUGGCGUGAGAAGUCCGCUGCCUGAGAGGGCAUUGUCGCCGGCAACGCGCGCGACGACGACGCCUACGGGCACUUCACGCCUCCCUCGUCGCCCUCAAAGCGAGAAACCGCUGCCGAGUCCGCCUGUGGCGCAGGUGGUAGACCCCAACUCGCCUCCCAAGGCUGCGCGCACCUUGGUGGAUGCCUUUACGCCGAGCCCAACGCUGGAGAACUGGCCCAUUCUCGCCCCGGAGAACAUCCCCCCUCGCCUGAGUUCCAAGAGGAGCUCGCUCCCUACGCGAAGCGGGAUCAACUCUGGCCGUCAAACCCCUUCCAAUGGCAAGGAAGGCAACAGGGUAAAGCGACUAUCAUGGCAUUCGACGGCGUCGGGCUCAAGCUCAGGAACCGGACCUAUCCUCACGAUCUCUGCCGAUGCAGACGCAGUCAUUCUCGGUCAGCGCGACUCCAUCCCGGCAGUACCCGCCAUCCCCGCGGUACUACCAGAGCGUACUCCUCAGCCGCGUUCUCUAGGUGCUCUUGCUAGUCGGCUCACUCGGGCGACAACGUCCAAGGCAUCCUUGAGUAUUGCGACUACAUCGCCAGUACACAGCACGGCAGAACUUACGGCGAAUGGCAGCCCAGUUGUUAAGAUCAGCCCCAUUCGGUCGAUGCAGCCAGCGAGGAAGCCUAGUCUUGAUGCUCAUUCUCCCCAGCUGCCUUCGUCUCCGUCUAUGAUCUUCCCAGACGCGACAACUGUCGGUAACACACCUGAGGUAAUUGUAGAGACUGAGCGCAGUGUAUCGCCGAUCUCAGAUAGGUCUGCGACGCCUACACCUGAGCCCAGGUCUGUACCGUUGCUUCGAGACUCCUCUGACCCGCCUGUUGAUUCCUGGGACGCCUAUCAGGAACAGCUUGAGGAGCUCUCUGAGCCUACGAUUGUACCAGGACCCGACGACUCCCUCACCGUGAGCAAAGUCAGGCGGACAGCACCAGCACGCGAAAAUGCGAGUCCCUCACCAAGCUCGAUUUACCCUACUGUCGAGGACGACUCGACCGCAAACCCCAGUGCUGCCGAAUUGAGUUCUUCGUCACUGCCUCACGCCGAGCCUUCACGCGAGACGGUCCGCACCCAGGCUCCUCCCAAGCCAAGGACCGCGGAGACUGCCAGGUCUAUCAGUAUUGAUAACGCAUUGGGCCGUGGAAUACCUAAAGCCCGUCAGCCCUUUCGCCGCCACGUCACACCUGUAGUCUCUUCGUCACCUGCAGAAGAUACACCCCCGGACAACCAUGAUAAGGAAACUGUUACGAGCAGGAUCAAAGCCAAACGCAGCAUUCGCAACCUGUUCAACCGUGAGAAGACAAGCCCAAAAUCACCAGAGGCGGCGGCGUCCAAACAAGGAUUCAUGAGUAGCACGCGAAGCUCGCUCGCUAAGGUCUUGCGCGAUUCCAAGAGCCUCUCGAAAGUUCAUCUGCCAAGAAAGACUGAAUCGAAGCUGGAGACUGAGUCUGAUCACGUCUCUAACAAGAAGAGCUUUCAGCCAGGCAUGUUCUCUGCAUUUCCCAGCGGUAGAGCCACGCCGGCCGAGCAGCCAUCGUCCGGAAGGCCGAGCCACGCAGAUGAGAUGCUUCACGACAUCGUCGACCGUAUAGAUGCGCAACCUGAGAACUCACAAGAGCGUCUGCGUCACGUGGAGAUUGCAGAGGUAAGUGAAGCCCUCCGAAUCAACACCGUGGAUGAAGCUCUCCGAUUGAAAACCAUUGCUGAAGAAGAGCUUGUCCUGACCGUACGAAAUAAACAGUGUAUCAUUUCGGCCGCCGAUAGUUCUCGAAAAGCCAACAUCGCCGCGAUGGAAGCGAGGAAGAGUGCUGUUGAAGCGGAAUAUCAUGCCGAUCGCGUCACGUCCGAAUUCACACGCCUGCGCGAGCUACUCGACACCACGCCGAUGGAUGCUGAGUCCACGAGAUACAUCAAGAGUUUCCUACCUAAAUUUGAACGCAAACGAUCGAGAGAGGAGAUUCGCCGAGGAUUUAUGCCGGGCUUUCAUACAGCAUGUUGA